AUGGGCACAAGCAAUCUGGAGGUGGCACUGCCAACUGCCAUGGAGCGAACGGAAGAGUUCUCUGCUGCUCUGCCAAUGGAAAACCUGUACCCUAUUUCUCAUUUUUACGUACGUGAUUGUUACCCGGAGUACUAUGAACUGAUUUUGAAGACGCUGUAUGAGUGCAACUACAAGAUCGUCACAGUCACGGGAACGCCGGAGUCGAAGAUGAAGGAGGCUGUUGUGUUUCGAGGUGGUGCAGAUUGUGGAAGCGCAUCGGGAUCUUCACACCAAUUCAUACGAGAUGCACAAGUUGCUGCUUUAAAACGCAAGGACGAAGUUCUAUUCUUGUACGAUGGACCACCGGAUAUUGAGCCGAAAAUGCCUUCAAAGAUGGUUUGUUUCGCCAGCCCAAACGAACAAUGGCUCAGCAAGGUUUCCAAGAAAGAAGAGGCGUGCACGCUAUAUAUGCCGCUGUGGGACGAGGGCGAACUGAUCGCUGCUGCAGCUUCAUUGAAGAUGCCUAUUUCCCCCCAGAAGAUUGAAGAACGUUUCUCCAUAUUUGGCGGUGUGGCGCGUUGCUGUCUCGCACGAAAUGAAAAAUUUGUUAUUGCUCGAAAACGGGAGUUAGAGAGCGACAUUGCUGAGACUUUCGUCUGCCAAGAAAGUGAUGACUUUUACUUCUUUAACUCCGAGGACUUGUCACGAGAGACGCUACGAUUGGGCCCGUAUCACAUUUCACGCGCUUCCAACUACGAGUCGAUUGAUUCGUUCUACUACCCGAUACAAUGCGCAUCCGAGACCCCCACCAACGAUAGCCAGCCCAGCCUUGCACGCAAGCAACCAAUUCCCUGGAGUCCAGCAGCCGACUCCAACCAAGUUAGCAUCAUUAAACACAUUGACGAUGCGAAGAUGAAACAGCUUUUCGACUUGGAAAUUAAGACGGUGAGAGAUCUCCGCAGAGCCGUUCGUGGAGGGCCAACAAAUAGUUUGCUAGCUGAGUGCCAAGCUGAUCUGAACGCAUUUGAUGAAAGCCAGCAAUUGACGGAGAGAAUGCUGACAAGCAUCACCCAGUACGUGUGGGAGGUGUAGGUAGCUGGUUUCAUAUUCUUUAACGGUGGGUUAAAUUUUUACAAUCUGAGCUUGCAAAUCUGCUAAAGUGCUUUUCC